CCGCCGCCGCCGCCUUCUGUCUGCCCCAUUCAUCCUGCUAGGAACACCAGGGCUUUCAGAAUUGAUUCGCGUUUGGUGGGUCUUAGCUAGAGGUAAAUUUUGGGAUUGGAGGCAUACGGGAUUUGAUUCCGCUGCUGCAGUCAGGAUACUCGACUACUGCCUAGCUCGCUGGGUUGUUAGUUCGGCGAGGACGAUGAAUCGUGAGUUUGCCAACGUGAUAGUGCGCGAUUACGGCUGUAAAUUUUAUUCGCUGCUCCGGGUCAACCUCAAGCAGCAUCUCUUCCACCGCUCAGCAGCAGCCGCGGAAAAGGCGAGUAACAACAAGAAGGGAUUACCGUCGGCCAUCCCGAGCUUGGAGCCUCUGCCCGAGCACAAGAUCAACUUCUCGACGCCGCCAAAGAUGGAGGGCGCGACGGACUUUCACUUCUUCUCCCUGCUCAAAGGGCAGGCAGAGGGCCGUGUCAUGUUCGCCCCCACUUGCGGCAAUGCCGUGAUGUACGACAUUGACAUAGACGCCGUCGUUGCCAUGCCCGACACUAACUUCUGCAAACAGAGGGACUCAAUCUCCUUGUCCAUGACCAGGCCUGGGAGCCAAGACGACGACGAACAGCACUAUGUCUUGAGCAAAGAACCGAGGAAUGUCUUGUUUGAGGUCUUGGAGUACGGGAGGAACGGCUCCGCCAGGGGUCCAUCCGCUGGGAUUGAACAGAGGUGGCACUGGCAACAUCUGCCCUCGCCGCCGAUGCGUGGACCAUACCUGCCUGACCUCCACAGGAGAGCGGUCUUCCACCCCUCCGCGGCGGCGGUGGUCGAUGAGACCACUCUGUGUGUGUCGUCUGUGGACGCCGGAGCCUAUGCCUUUGACACGGUGAAAGGUGAGUGGAGGCAGGCUGGAAGCUGGGCGCUGCCCUUCCAUGGCGCCGCGGAGUACGUCCCUGAGCUUGGCCUCUG